AUGGAUGAUACUACCACUGGGCAAAUUGCCAUUGUCGGAAUGGGGAUGCGCCUUCCGGAAGAUGUGCGAUCCGCUACAGAGUUCUGGCAGAUGUUGAUUGACGGGCGCGACGGGCGAUGCCGUAUUCCUAAGUCUCGGUAUAACGCAGACGGGUUCUAUAGUGAGUCUGGAGCACAUUCGAUAAGGGUCCAGCAUGGUUAUUUUCUCCGGGAAGAUCUGGAAACCAUCGACACAUCUUUCUUCGACCUGGAGGGGCUAGAACACUCGCUGUUUGACCCCCAGGCGAAGAUUUUGCUCCAGGUCAUAUGGGAGUGCCUCGAGAAUGGUGGGCUGGUAGAAUCGCGGGGGAAGGACAUCGGCUGUUUUGUCGGAACAUUUGGGGGAGACUAUGAAGAGAUCGUGAACAAAGAUGCCCAAAAUACAAGCAAGUUCCACCUGAUGGGUGGGAAACCGUUUGGACUGGCGAAUUUUGCCUCCUAUGAAUUUGAUUGGAACGGUCCUAGUAUGACAGUUGAAACCGGAUGCUCGUCAUCCUUGGUGGCAUUGCACCAGGCCUGCCAGGCUUUGAACGCCGGAGAUUGUUCUGCAGCUGUUGUGGCCGGAACCAAUCUGAUACUUACACCGACUAUCGCUCUCCACACCGCAGACACGGGCGUGCUCUCCCCUUCAGGAAUCUGCAGAACCUUCGACGCUGCGGCCGAUGGGUAUGGAAGAGGAGAAGCGGUCAAUGCUGUUUUGAUCAAGCGUCUAGAUGAUGCAGUACGGGAUGGAGAUCAAAUCAGAGCGGUGAUCCGGUCAACCAUGGUUAAUUGUGAUGGUAGAAGUCACGGUAUAAGUACACCAUCAGCAGUGGCGCAGGAAAACCUCAUCCGUGGUGCGUACCACAAAGCAUCCAUACACGAUGUCUCGCAAACGCCCUUCGUUGAGUGUCACGGCACAGGCACCUUGGCAGGCGACCCUAUUGAAUGCGCUGCAAUGGCAAAGGUCUUCCCUAAAGGGACCUAUAUUGGAUCGGUCAAGCCAAACUUUGGUCAUUCCGAGGGAGCGUCGGGCCUCACCAGUCUCAUCAAAGCAAUCCUCUGUCUGGAACAUAGACAGAUACCCCCAAACAUCCAUUUUAACAACCCCAACCCGCGGAUUCCUUGGAAAGAAUGGGGUGUUCGUGUACCCCAAAGACUAAUCCCGUGGCCAGAGGAUCGAGAGGAGAGAAUCAGUAUCAGCAACUUUGGAAUUGGCGGCUCAAAUGCGCAUGCGAUUAUAGAGUCUUUUCCAUCAUCCCGGCGGACAUCACCAUUUCACGAUAAGAUGGAGAGAGAACCAUGUGACUUACUCCUGGUGUUCUCUGCGAAAAGCCAAGAAGCACUUCUCCUUCGAGAAGAAAGCCUUUUCAGAUACAUGGAGUCGCACCCGGAUCGACUGGAAGAUCUUGCAUAUACCCUCGGUGCCCACCGUGAGCAUCUUUCACACAGGGGCUUUCUUAUCAAAUCCAUCUCUGGGGACAUACCAAAGGCGGGUGUGAAACGUUCCAUUGCCGGUCCGCCCCCAGUGGUGACAUUCGUUUUUACUGGACAAGGUGCUCAGUGGGCUGGGAUGGGAAGAGAGUUGAUGAGUCGCUUUGAUAGCUUCCGGGAUGAUAUACGUUUGCUAGAUGGGCUAUUGCAGGGCCUAGAGAGGCCCCCUCGCUGGAGCUUAGAAGAUGCACUUGUCGAUCCUGACACUGAACUUAUCAACAUGCCCUCUCGUUCGCAAACUCUUUGCUGCGCGUUGCAGAUUGCCUUGGUGAACCUACUAGCCCGCUGGGGAGUUAUGCCGGCGUCAGUUGUCGGCCAUUCGAGCGGCGAGAUUGCAGCUGCAUAUGCGGCAGGGGCCAUUACUGGCCGAUGUGCCACUGCUCUGAGCUACUAUCGUGGUUUGCUGGUGGAAGAUCUCGGCCAGUUGGGGGCGAUGGCGGCAGUAGGACUGAGCCGAGGGGAAGUGGCAACGUAUCUGCAGAACACGGUUGUCAUCGCCUGCGAAAACAGCCCAAACAGCGUGACUCUGUCGGGAGAACAGCGUCAUAUAGAAGCCGUAUUACUGAACAUCAAGUCAGAUCACCCAGAGGCUCUCUGUCGAAUGCUCUCUGUCAAUAGGGCUUAUCACUCGCAGCUGAUGGCUCCCGUUGUCAAAGCAUACGAGUCUAGUAUUUGGUCCUACAUUGAAGUGCGACCUGUGAUGGUUCCUAUGUACUCCACCCUAACCGGAGCUCGGAUUGUGAAUCCGCAGGAGCUCGACGCCCUAUAUUGGUGCCGGAACAUAUCGUUUCCGGUUCUCUUCUGGAGUGCCAUUGAGUCUAUUGUCCUGGGAGACCACUCAGACAACCCAAGGCACUUCUUCCUGGAAAUUGGCCCCCAUUCGGCUCUCAAGGGACCACUACGAGACAUCUUCAGUACAUCGGCCGGUGCAGGACAAGAACUGUUGUAUGCGUCCUGCGUCGUCCGAGGACAGAACCGAGAGUCAUCCCUUCUACAGGCAGUUGGAGACCUAUUUCUAAGUGGCUUUCCUAUCAACUUUGCUGCAAUCAAUGGUCAUGGGAAAAUUCUCACUGACCUCGACCCUUACCCGUGGGGUGCUGGCAGGGUCGUUCGAUGUGGGGGUCGAACAACUCGUGAUUGGAGAUUCCGCGAAAAUUCACAUCACGAGCUUUUGGGUUCUCAGGGGGUGGAUUCAACGCCAAUCGAGCCUGCGUGGAGGAACUUGCUCCACCUCGACGAUGUUCCGUGGCUUGCGGAGCAUCAGAUUGGAGGGACUAUAGUAUUCCCCAGCGCGGCAUAUAUUGUUAUGGCGGGUGAAGCAAUUCGGCAAAUCACCGGGUGCGAGAGGUAUCGCGUACGAAACCUUCGCAUGAGCAAGGCGUUGAUCCUCGACGAUCAUGAAACAACGGAGAUUGUGUCCAACUUUCGCCCGGUCCGAUCCAACGGUGAAAAUCUAGGCUCGGGCUGGUAUGAAUUCUCCAUCGUAGGCCUCCGAAGAGGUGCAUGGUCCACACACUGUACUGGACAAGCACGGGCAGAACCAGUCUCGCGCUCACCACGAGAUAUUACGUCCUUUCCACGAAACGUUGAAUCUAAGCUCUGGUAUGGCCAUCUCAAGGAAAAUGGGUUGGAAUAUGGACCGCACUUCAGACGUCUCCAACAGAUAUCUGCUCAUCCAAUCCAAACUUCCGCCACUGCCAGCUUGUUGAUUGACGGGGACGAGGGUGCAGUUGAUGCUCCAAGUGCGGUUGAUGCCCCCACCAUCGACCACUGUUUACAGCUCGCAUUAGUUGCUCUGUGCAACGGCCUUGCACGAAAACACAACGCUGUUGGCUUGCCCAUCUUCAUUCGAGAUAUCUUCGUAGGAAAGACAGGGUCGAGACUGUUACUCCAGGCUACCGAGACAAAGACCACUGCUGGUACAAAUUCCAGCUCCACGAUUGCGCAGCAUGGAGGCGAGGUCGCGGUGGCCAUAGAUGGCCUUGAAUUUAUGGCCCUGGAUGAGAGCCUGGAUGGGGAUAAAGAUCGGAAAUUGUGUUCUCAUCUUGUUUGGGCGCCUGAUAUCGACCUGUUGCCUCGACGACACCUCUUGACAACCGCAAGUUCAAAGGAGCCCCUUCCGAGCGAUACGUAUUCGCCAGAACAACAGUUCUUCGACAUGUGUAUAAUCGAAACUGCACGGCUCAUUGGCUCCUUGGAACCGGACUCGCUGCACCUCGGCAAGUACCAACGCUGGGUGACCACAAGAUCGGCCGCCAUUCUCGGCAACGAUGACCCCGUGGUCUCCGCAGGGAUCCGGCCAUUAUUGGAAGUGCUUAGAGAAGACUGGCCUCGCAUUCUGGACGGUCUGCGUCGUGAAAUUGGAGUAGCCUCGCCGCUCUAUGACUCCCUCGCCGAACUGAGCCUCACAAUCCUGAAAAGUUGCGUUGAGUUAGUAAAGGGGAACUGUUCUCCGUUGACUAUUUUGAUGAAGGAAAAGGCCCUAUCCCGGCUAUACAGCGUUUGGAGCUCAUCUAGAACCUAUGAGGGAUUCAUAAAGCUGCUGGGACAUGGGCGACCCGACCUUCACGUCCUAGAAAUUGGUGCAGGUACUGGUGCAACGACAGCCAAAGUGCUAGAGUGCCUUCAUCCUCCCGGUAGCGAUCCGCAGUAUUCCCGGUAUCUCUGGACUGAUAUUUCCUCGGAUCUCCUUCCAUCCGCCGAGGAACGAUUUAAGCAUCAUCGGUCCGUCGAGUUUGCAGUUCUGGACAUUAACCAAUCCCCAACGGCGCAAGGUUUAGAUGUCGAGUCCUUCGAUCUGGUCAUCGCGUCAAAUGUUCUCCAUUUAACCCGCAGUAUUGAACAAACACUGGGCAACAUCAAAUCGAUCCUUAAGCCCGGUGGUCGCGUGCUGAUUGAAGAAAUAUGCACAGAGUUUCUGCCAAUCGACUAUAUCAUGGGAAUACUUCCCGGCUGGUGGAUGGGCGAUAAUGAUGAUCGAGUGGACGUUCCGUAUAUCUCGGUUGAACGGUGGGACGAGGAACUGCGAAAGGCCGGGUUUGCGGGCUUUGACACGGUGACAGAAGAACGAGAUACUCAUUUGACGUCCAUUAUAUCCUCGGUUGCACCAUCCCAGCAUACUGAAGAGGGUAACGUAAACAUUCUCUGCCAUUCGAAGGAACAUCACUUCGUCACUGAAUUUGCCCAGGAGAUGACAGCUGCUGGGUUUAUUAUUCGCUUUUGCACCAUCGCUGACCCGCCGCCAAUUGGCGAAGACAUCAUUUCACUCCUAGACGUGGAAGAUCCUUUCUUGUAUUCCAUUACCCAGGACGGGUAUUCACAACUCCAAAGCUAUCUCUCCUCCUGCACUUCGAUGCGGAUCUUGUGGGUCACUCACCCGUUGCAAAUGGUCUGUGAAAAACCCAACUACGGGUUGAUUUUGGGGUUCGCGCGAACUAUGCGAGUGGAGUAUCAAAUGGACUUUGCCACGGUCGAAGUGGAGGCCUUUGACCGGGAUUCUCAUCGUUCUCUCAUAGAGGUUUACCGAAAAUUCCAACAGCAGCGGCUCCGAUCCCCUGAGGAGCCGCUGGAUUAUGAGUAUGCCAUCCGAGGUGCCGUGGUUUAUAUCUCCAGGUACCGCUGGAGUCAUCUUUCACAGAAUCUACUCGAGGAUGCUACACCAGAUGCCCCUAAAACCCUCACUAUCGAGCAACCGGGCAUACUGGAGUCCCUUAAAUGGGUUGAAAAGAGUAUCCCCGCCCUCGGCAACGAUGAGGUUGAGAUUGAUGUCAAUUAUGUCGGUUUAAAUUUCCGGGAUUUGAUGAUUGGCUUGAAUAUGCUUCCGGAAAAAGACGGAUUUGGUUUUGAGGGUAGCGGUCUCAUUCGACGAGUCGGGGCCAGUGUGUCGCAACUCCAUCCGGGAGAUAAGGUGAUCUUCCUGCAUCCAUCAGUGCUCAGCAAUCGCAUAGUUGUCCCAGAGGCCCUAGUAGCUCCAAUACCAACCGGUCUCUCGUUGGAGCAGGCCGCCACCGUCUGCUGCGCAUAUGCUACUGCGGCGUACUGUCUGUUGAACGUUGGGAGACUAUCCAAAGGACAGUCCGUGUUAAUUCACUCCGCAGCUGGGGGAGUUGGUAAUGCAUCCAUUAUGAUCUGCCAGAGGAUUGGCGUGGAGAUCUUCGCCACCGUUGGUAACCAAGAGAAGAGAGAUUAUCUCAUCCAGAGGUUUGCAAUCGGAGCAGAUCAUAUAUUUGAUUCAAGAAGCACUUCCUUUGCCCCUAAUCUGCUAGAAAGAACUCAAGGGCGAGGAGUUGAUCUCGUUCUCAACUCUCUCGCUGGUGAUCUCCUGCUGGCAUCGUGGGACUGCGUGGCAGAGGGAGGGAUAAUGGUCGAAAUAGGCAAGCGUGAUUUCAUGAGCCAUGCGAUGUUGCCUAUGGACCGAUUCCUUGCUAACCGGUCGUUUGUGGGCGUGGAUAUUCUAUCACUUGCGAGGACACGGCCCAUGGUGAAAGAAUGUUUGAAUUGCAUAUCUGAGUUGUUCUCGCCCAACCAUAUCCCCCCAGUCGAGCCCAUGCACACAUUUGCAGCAGGAAAUGUCGUUGAAGCGUUCAAGAAAAUGCAGGAAGGUAAACACAUGGGGAAGAUUGCUAUUGAGAUGCCAAAAGAAACGUCUCACCUCUCAGUCUCGAAAUCUAGGUCGCCCAUCUCCUUUCGUGGAGACAUGGGCUACCUUUUAGUGGGUGGACUGGGGGGCUUGGGCCGUGCCGUGGCACAAUGGGUGGUUGACAAUGGCGCCAGAUACCUGGUGUUCCUCUCGCGCAGUACCAGGCGAGGCCAUGACCGAUUUGUCCAUGACCUGGCGCUGCAGGGAUGCCAGGCUCUCUUGGUUCAAGGUGACAUUGCCAGCCUGGCCGACGCACAGCGAGCAGUCUCGGCAAGCCCCAAGCCUAUUGCUGGAGUUUUCCACCUUGCAAUGGUUAUACAGCGGCCUAAAGUCGAGGGGACAUGGAAUUUGCACCGCGCAUUAGAAUCAAGUAGCCUUGACUUUUUCGUUCUGUUCAGCUCUGUCGCAGCGUCAGUCGGUUCCGCCGGCCAAGCAAACUAUACAGCAGCCAACACCUUCCUGGAAACCUUCGCACGGUACCGCCGUUCUCUAGGUCUACAAGCAUCCGUCCUUGAGGUUGGUUGGCUCGUCGACAUUGGCUAUGUAAGUCAACGUCCCCAGCUUCAGGAGGUAAUGCGGUCCAACGGCCUCCUCCCGGUGAAAGAGAGUGAUCUUCUGGACUCUCUACACCUGCUUCUGAGUCCGCCUCAAAUGGUUGAUGGAGCUCCUUCUCCCUUCCAAGGCCAAAGUCAGCUUUCGCUCGGCCUGGGUCUUUCGCAGACCCAUAAAACAAGCCGGUCGCGGUACAGGGACGCCCGCUAUUAUCGUCCGCCCGCCGUGGGAUUUGCAAACUCGGGUCCUCUAUUGCCUGAGAACAGCAAUCUCAGGGAUCUCCUCUCCGCAGUUGAAUCCAACCCAGACCUCCUGGGACUCGCCACGACGGUGGAUCUUCUCACCAAGGAAAUCGCGCUUCGAGUGGGGCCCUACACACUAGCGGUUAGUAACGCAGACCUGGCUGCCAUGGCCCAAAUCUCAGUAGACUCGCUGGUGGCAGUGGAAGCUAGAACAUGGCUACAGCGCAGUUUAGGGGUGGAAAUAGGCCUCCUUGAUAUCGCGACGGUAGGGACUGUUGAAGGUGUUGUCUCUCUGGUCAUGGAUUCCUUGAAUCGGAAACAUCGUCCCGAAUCUUGCUCUUGA